CGCCGCGGCGUCGAGCCACGACGAAAAAUCGUGCCGCGCUCCGCAGCGACGGAGGGCUGCCCUUGCAACGCAGCGAUCGCGAGCGUAGCGUCCUGCACCACACCAAUCGCGGCUGCCCGUGGCGGCAAUCCGACGGCUGCCCCUGCAGACCACAACUGCCACCACAAUGCGCCACUGGCUCCUCCUGGCAGCGCUCGCCGCCACGCGCGCUUUCGACGCCUUCGAACAACCGCCGGACAACGACCCCUACGACGACGAGGAAGACGACGACGACUACCUCGCCGGCGGCGCGCGCGACGACGACCCGUUCGGCUAUCAUGUUGAUGAUGACUGCGAGGGCCGCGCCGUCUACAAUAUGCUAGCAAAACGCGGCUUCUGUGUGGUGAACAGCACCUGGGCCGACGAGUUCGCGCGGCGCGUAGAAGGCUUCACGGUCGGCUGGGAGCCGCAAACCCGUGCUCUAAUUCACGCGCACCUCGCCCGCAUCGCUAAAACGGGAAACACGACGACGACCCUCGAGGCGGGCAUGCACGUCGGCGACCACCUGCUACCGCUGGCUGCGAGUUUCCCUUCUCUGACAUUUGUUGGUGUGGAUCCAGACGAAAGCAAGUGCGAAUUCGUGCGAGCUAUGGCUACCAGAAACAACCUGACGAACGUCCGAGUCUACCACAACGGCCUGGCGGCGCGCGACCGGGCCUGCGCGCUGGACGUGUCCGACGCGAAUCCUGGGGGCUGGGCGAUUGACGAGCGGCGGCGGCUCAUGAAGAAGCGCCUGCUGUGCCGGACGGUAGAUUCUUUUCUUGAGGAUGUCUCUGAUCUAGGAUUGUUGCACCUCGACGUCGAAGGCGCGGAGUUGCGAGCGUUAAGGGGCGCGCGCGCGACGCUCCGGAGCGCGCGGCCAUUGUUGGUUUUCGAGAACAAUCAUCUGAGCAACGACACGCAGUACGGGACGGCGGCGUUGUUGGAGGCCCACGGCUACGUGAAGCGGGAUGAAGUGGAGCACAACGAGGUCUGGGCGCCGGCGCUCGUGCAAAGCGGGCGGCGGCUGCGGCGGCCUCGUCGUUCGAGGCCUGUUUUGUUGUAAUAUAGGAAGUCUAUUGAACGCCGGGGCGCGUCGAUGGCGUGC